AUGACACAGGUGGACCCCCAGGACAGGUGGGGCAAGGUGUCUCCUCUUUGCAGCGUGACCGGGGAGGCUCAUGACCCCCGGAUGCUGAACAUGAGCUUAGAGAGUGAGGAUGAGGACGGUGGGGAGGCAGGAGACAAAGGGAGCCCUAGGGGCCAUGAUCACCAGGCCUGUCCAAGAAGCAGCCCCCAAGUGACUCAAGACAAUCCUGACUUGCCAUGGGAUCAUCCAUCCAGUGAGGAAGAGAGAUUCUCUGGCUCCUUUAGUUCUGGGAGCCCGGGGAAGGAACCGAUGGGGGUACCUCGGAAGAAGGCCAGCUGGGGGAGAGAUGAGUCAAAGAUCACCCAGACCCAGGACUCCUCUGGGGCAGGCGUAGCUCCGGGGACCGUCCCCAGUGACCCCUCACACAAGUUGUUAGGUCCAGCGCAACUGCUUAGGGACUCACUACCUUCAGGUGCUGAUGGAGACUCCACGGAAAACCUGGACGCUGCCUUGGGUGUCCCAUCCAGUUUCCCUGAUACUGGAAGGUAUUUCUGUGCACAGAGGGGUGUGGAUACCCCAGACCACUCCUCCCUCGUGCGUUUCCCCAAGCCCAGUGGCAGCUGGGACCUCCCCACGCAGGAGACGCGCACACCAGCGCGGGGAUCGGCCUCCCCAGCCGGCCUGGCAGCAGCGCUGAAGGCCAAAGCGCGGAUGGGCAGGAAGGGCCAGAAUCCCGAGGGCACGUGUGAGGGUGGGCAAAGGGAGGCGCACCCCUACAAGUGUCUGCGAGGAGGAAGGGCCUUCCAGAAGUCCGGCAGCCUGCUGAGCCCAUCGCAGCCCCGAGGCACGAAGCCUUACGCCUGUGAGCUGUGCGGGAAGGCCUACUCCCACCGGGGCACGCUCCAGCAGCACAGGCGCCUGCACACGGGAGAGCGACCCUACCGGUGCCCCUUCUGCGACAAGGCCUACACCUGGUCCUCGGACCACCGCAAGCACAUCCGCACCCACACAGGCGAGAAACCCUACCCCUGCCCGGACUGCGGGAAGGCCUUCGUGCGCUCCUCCGACCUGCGCAAACACCAGCGCAACAUGCACAGCAACAACAAGCCCUUCCCGUGCGCGGAGUGCGGCCUGACCUUCAACAAGCCGCUGUCGCUGCUGCGCCACCAACGCACGCACCUGGGCGAGAAGCCCUUCCGCUGCCCGGCUUGCGACAGGGAGUUCGCGGUGGCCAGCCGAAUGAUGGAGCACCAGCGCGUGCAUUCGGGCGAGCGGCCCUUCCCCUGCCCCACCUGCGGCAAGUGCUUCACCAAAUCCUCCAACCUGAUCGAGCACCAGACCCUGCACACCGGCCAGAGGCCCUUCAAGUGCGCGGAUUGCGGCGUGGCCUUCGCGCAGCCUUCGCGCCUCGUGCGCCACCAGCGCAUCCACACUGGGGAGAGGCCCUUUCCUUGCGCCCAGUGUGGCCAGGCCUUUGCCCGCUCCUCCACCCUGAAGCGGCACCAGCAGAUUCACUCUGGGGAGAAGGGCUUCCUCUGCGCCGAGUGCGGCAGGGCCUUCCGCAUUGCCUCCGAGCUGGCCCAGCACAUUCGGGUGCACAACGGGGAGAGGCCCUAUCAGUGUGAGGACUGCGGCCAGGCCUUCACCAGGUCCAAUCAUCUCCAGCGGCACCGAGCUAAGCACAGUGCCGGCAAGAAGGAGCCCAUCCCCUCCUCCUCUGAUGAGUGA